GCUGCAAUGCCGUUAUCAAGUCAAAAGAAGAUGGCUCGAGAUGUUGUGGGUCGGAGACAAUUGUUGCCACCGAGGGUUGUUGUGGAGAAAAGGCUUACAAUCUUUCCACACACCAAUGUUGCAAAAACAGUACAAUAAUACCCGAACAUCAAAGUUGUUGUGGUUACAGAGGGUACGACAACCGUACACAAAUAUGUACCAGCAAUUAUAAAGUAAUGAACAGAACCAAGAAUAAAGACUGCGCAAAUACAUCCAAAUCCUGUAACAACGAAUUCUCGGCCAAAAGACGGAGAGUGUCACGCAGUAUUUGUAAUACCUGCCUUUGGAGGUUCAGGCGCAUCUACAGAGAAAUCAAGUCAGGAAAACAGAAUGUCUGCAAGAGACACACUUACAAUAUAACCAUUGACAAUACAACUGACCGAGGUAUAGUUUGGAUCCUGGAUGCUAAAUACGAGAACAAAGACAACAUGGAAUCAUAUGUGAAGAUCAUCAUUCCCUGCAAAUCUAAAAAGUUGAACAAGACCGGGGAUUAUUUUUUAGUCACAGAUAGCACCAUUGACGGGGACACGCUGAGGCUUGGGGAUAGUGAUCUUCUCAUUCAAAGGCAUCCUAAACUUGUGGGACUCGUUGAAGAGAAAAAAGGCAAAUGUCGGCAGGUGUCUGUGGUUCUCGGCGAGAUUCACCGGGCGGUAAGAAGAUUAAUCCGGAAGUUUUUAGGAAUAAAAUGACUAGAUAUUUUUAAGCCUUCAUGCUGUGGCAACAAAUGACCAUUCCGAAUGUUCAGAAAAUAUCUGCAUAAUAACUGUUAUCUUUGAUUAUUAAUUGAAUCACUUUGUUCCAUUUGAAAUGCGAUGGAGAAAUUUUGCAUUUAGAAGGUGAUAGAGAAUUUUGGAAUUAAAGUUUGUUCAUCGAUUGCGCUUAGCCAUUCGAAAAGUUUCCUUGUUUGUCUUUCAGCAAUCAGUCACACAUGUAUUUUUUAUAUGCAGCGAGUUGAAUUGUCAAAGUGAGUUCUCUGUUCAUGUGAUUUUGCCAUAUUUGAUUUGAUUCCUAGCAAUGCUUUUAUUUUGAUACUGUAUUUAUUAUUUAUGCUUUAUUUUUUUUUUUAUUUUUUUUGACUCAAACUAUGAUUUUUUUAAUGUGGAGCACACAUCUUUUGUGAAUUUAUUGUGUAAGGACCGUAUAUAUUGUAUCUAUGACGAAAUCCAUGAAUUUUUUAUAUUCAUUUUAUAUUUAUAUCAAACCAUGUAUACAUAAUUUUUUCAAACAAUCUAAUUGGUUUUGUUUUACUUCCUAUCUAUAAAUUUUAACAAUCAUUUAAUUAUGAACUUGUAGUAUAAAUUUUAUUUCAAUUUACAAAUAACAUACAUGUAUUUUUAAUGAAAUAAUUGAAAAGCUUGGUAUUUUUCCUUACAAUAAAGUUAAUUGCACAAUUAAUAAAUGUUUUACUAAAAGAAAACCGAAAGAAAAUUGGUUUGUCUUAGCAUUUAAGCUAAAUAAAAAUGUUUACAAG